AUGCAAGGACAAUUUUGGCUAGCUGUGUCAUACUAUAUUAUUACAAUUAUUUGUAAAGUAGGAUUUUGCAUAAAAUUUAUAGAAAAUGAAAAAAACCUUUUUGGUUUUAAAAGUAAGAAAAAAAUAAGUAAUAUAAAAGUAAGGGAUUGGGAUCAAAAAGAAAUGCAACCAUUUUUUAUUAUAAAUAAAGUAAAGAAUAAAAAAUAUAAUAAUUUAAAAAAAUCAUUAAAUAUGGAAUAUUCUAAUACAGAUGAUCAGAGAUUAUCAUUAUUAAAAAAUUUAGAAGAUAAAUCAAAAAUAAUUACACAAGCACCUGAUUGGAAUGAAAAAAUGCCACUGUUAGAAAUAAAUGAUUUACAUGCAAUAGAAGUUGAAGGAGGAAAAGAAAUAUUAAAAGGAAUAAAUUUAACUAUAUAUUUGGGAGAAAAACAUUCAAUAAUGGGUCGUAAUGGGUCAGGAAAAUCAACACUUGCUAAAGUAAUAGCAGGUCAUCCAUAUUUUAAAGUUACAAAAGGAUCUAUGAAAUUUAAAGGCUUAAAAUUAACAGAACUAGCUGUUAAUCAUAGAUCAUUAUGUGGUAUUUUUUUGGCUUUUCAAUACCCUAUUGAAUUGCCUAUGGUAAAAAAUAAUGAAUUUUUAAGAACAGCAUUAAAUUGUCAUAGAAGACAAAAUAAUGAACCAGAAUUAAGCCCAUCUGAAUUUGAUCUUUUAAUGAUUAAUGAAAUAAAAAAAGUUGGAUUAAGUCAUGAAUUUUUAGAUAGACCUGUUAAUUAUGGUUUUAGUGGUGGGGAAAAAAAAAGAAAUGAAAUUUUACAAAUGUUAAUUUUGAAACCAUCUUUUUGUAUUCUUGAUGAAACGGAUUCAGGACUAGAUGUUGAUUCAUUUAAAUUAACAUCAGAUGUAAUUCAAAAUUUUUCAAAUAUAAAUAAUUCUUUUUUGAUAGUUACACAUUAUAAAAAGUUGUUAGAAUUAUUAAAGCCAAAUUAUAUUCAUAUUAUGCAUAAAGGGGAAAUUAUUAAAACUGGCGAUUAUUCGUUAGUAGAUAAAAUAGAAUCAGAUGGAUAUGCACAAUUUGUUGAGUAG